GCAUGGGGGACUGGCUUGGUCCAGGGCAGGAGAAGCCGCUAGAUUUGGUCUCUGUGGAGGAUGCACUUGGGGUAUCGACAUCACCAGGCUCCGGCUCUUUCUUUCCCCUUCCUCAGCGCUGCACCCUCUAGGCAGCUGGGCGUCUCCGCGUCGACCAGGGCGAGGCGAGCUUGAGCUCCGCCAGUCACAGCCCGGAUGUAGCAGCAGCAGCAGCAGCAGCCCGGUGUCGGCUCCCCCCGCCUGCCAGGGACACACGCCGCGAGCCCGGGCUCGCAGGAACAUGGCGCUCGGAGCGGUGUAGCGGCGGACGCGGGAGGCGGCGCGUGCAGCCCGGGCUCGCCUGGCAGCCGGGCACUAGAUCACCGAUGAAAAUGUCAAAUAGUGUCAGGCUAGUACCAAUUCCUGCAGAAAGUUCCUGGAAACAAUCCCCAUUGGAUGAUGAUUCCCCAUUGAUGACUGCUUUGAGCUAUUAGAGACACAAAGUUUUUUGAUGGCUACAGACGCCUCCUGGAAAGAGGUGUCACUGCAGUAAGGUGAAAGAUCUGGAUUUCUCCAAAAAGCUUACUUUCAUCAAAACUUACUUACAUCAAUACCAACCAGUCAAAUCAAGGAGGGGCAAGACCUAUUAGUCAGAAUGACAAAUGGUGAUGUAAAAAUCCAAAAUAUAUUGCUCAUGGGACAGCUAUCAAGAAACACCCUGCUGUGCUGUGGUGUGGCGAAUGAAGGCAUUUUCAACCAUAAACAAGGUUUUUCCACCAUGUUUGGAAAGAAAAAGAAAAGGCUUGAAAUUUCUGGACCGUCAAAUUUUGAGCACCGGGUUCACACUGGAUUUGAUCCCAGAGAACAAAAAUUUACAGGACUACCUCAACAGUGGCACAGCUUGCUAGCGGACACCGCAAACAGGCCGAAGCCUAUGGUGGACCCUUCAUGUAUCACACCCAUCCAGCUUGCUCCCAUGAAGACUAUCGUUAGAGGAAAUAAACCUCAAAAGGAUACUUCAAUCAAUGGCCUGCUAGAAGAAUUUGACAAUAUCUCAGUGACACGCUCUAAUUCCCUACGGAAGGAAAGUCCUCCCACUCCACACCAAGGAAACUCAAACCAUGUACAAAGCCACCAGGAAGAAAAUGGUUAUAUCACAUAUUCUCAGUAUUCCAGCGAGUCGGACACCACGGCAGACUAUGUCACUGAAAAAUAUAGAGACAAGAGUCUUUAUGGGGAAGAGUUAGACAGAUACUGCCAAGGUAGCUUCACCCCAAAACAGAAUGGACACGUGAUGAAAACAAAACCCAGAGACACCUAUUAUUCAGAAAUUAAGCCCCUGAAGUCAGACAUCUCAAGGUUCCUUCCAGAUUACCAUACACACAUGGAAACAAAAAGCAAACCAAUUGAGUACAGUGGCCUAAAGUUGGAAUAUCAAAGGAUUCUUAGUGGAUCGUCUCUAGACUACAGAGAACCUUUUCACUACGCUCCAUCUAGAACUUCAGUGCAGAGUGAGUGCUCAAAAGAGAGACUGGAAUACAGUGACAGCGACUGGGGAAAUGGACCAGACAAGGAUGACUAUGACAAAAGACCGAAGUCGUCCUAUGUAAACCAGACAAGUCCUCAGCCAGCCAUGAGACAGAGAUCCAGAUCAGGUUCGGGUCUUCAGGAACCAGUCGUGCCAUAUGGAGCAAGUGCUUUUAAAUCAAAUCAGCAAGGGCAUUCGUAUAGUUCAUACACCUACCCUCGCUUGUCGGAAACGGCAGGAGGCAUUCCAAAGGUGGAUUACGAUCGAGCACAGAUGGUAGUUAGCCCACCACUAUCUGGAUCAGAUACCUACCCUAGAGGCCCAACAAAGCUACCUCAAAGUCAAAGCAAAGUUAGCUGUUCAGGUAGUAGCUUCCAGUAUCCUUCAGUCUAUCACAAAGCCUCUCAUUAUCACCAGCCAGCCCUCCAGUCAAGCUCUCCUUAUAUUUCCACGGCUUCUUACCCAAGCUCCCCAAGUAUCACAUCAAGUGCUUAUCCCCCACCUAGCUGGGGUUCAUCCUCCGAUCAGCAGCCCUCCAGGGUGUCACACGAACAGUUCAGAGCUGCCCUCCAGCUCGUUGUCAGUCCCGGCGACCCCAGAGAGUACUUGGACAACUUUAUCAAAAUAGGAGAAGGCUCCACGGGGAUCGUUUGCAUUGCCACUGAGAAGCACACCGGAAAGCAAGUCGCAGUGAAGAAAAUGGAUCUCAGGAAACAGCAGAGAAGAGAAUUACUCUUCAAUGAGGUUGUAAUAAUGAGGGAUUACCAUCAUGAAAAUGUGGUUGACAUGUACAACAGUUAUCUCGUGAGCGAUGAGCUCUGGGUUGUUAUGGAGUUUCUGGAAGGUGGUGCUUUGACAGACAUAGUGACGCAUACAAGAAUGAAUGAAGAGCAGAUAGCUACAGUUUGUCUGUCUGUACUGAGAGCGCUGUCCUACCUGCACAAUCAAGGGGUUAUUCACCGCGAUAUAAAAAGUGACUCUAUACUUCUCACGAGCGAUGGAAGGAUAAAAUUAUCGGAUUUUGGGUUCUGUGCCCAAGUUUCCAAGGAAGUUCCGAAAAGGAAAUCUCUUGUUGGAACACCAUACUGGAUGGCACCGGAGGUGAUAUCCAGACUGCCUUAUGGAACUGAGUUGCACAGUUCAACAACUGUUGGUCCAUUGCAGGUGGAUAUCUGGUCACUUGGUAUCAUGGUAAUAGAAAUGAUAGAUGGAGAACCACCUUAUUUCAAUGAGCCACCGCUCCAAGCAAUGCGCAGAAUCCGAGAUAACUUACCCCCACGAGUGAAGGACAUACAUAAGGUUUCCUCAGUGCUCCGCGGGUUCUUAGAUCUGAUGUUGGUGAGGGAGCCCUCCCAGAGAGCAACAGCACAAGAACUAUUAAGACAUCCGUUUUUGAAACUGGCAGGCCCUCCUGCUUGUAUUGUGCCACUCAUGAGGCAAUACAGACACCGUUGAAUUCAGUGAAUUUUCAGGAGGCGGCGUGUACAGAAGUUGGAGAAAGACUUGCCAAGGAAUCCAGAGCUUGUGUGGAAACCAUGGGGAAGUGCAACACUACAGAAAUUUAUCAGAGUCAGAACAGCUCUAUGGAAAUAAUACAGUGUACAAAACAAUGAGGUGCUCUCCUGGGUUAUAAAGGACUUGCGACGUUCCUUCGCCACUAAAUCAGUCAUCUGUUGGCUUCUAGCACUGUCGCAUGAAGCACGUUUUCCACAGGUAGUCAUCUCUUAGCCUUUCAGCCAUCAAAGCAGACGGACUCAAUUACACAUGUGGUUGUGGGGGAGGGGGCGAAAGAUAAUAGAUUAUAGCACAACCGGGAUAAAACACCAGAAUUUUAUUGAAAAAGUAAACGAUAUGACACUUCUAUUUCAGAAGAACACUUUUCUGGCAAAAAAAGCACUUUUGAUCUCAAUCAUAGCAGUGUAAUGUAUUUUGAAAUGAAUUUGUAAUUUUCUGUAUAGUACUUUUUUGAUAAUUUACAGUACUUUGAUGUUAUGUACCCAUCGUGCUAGUUGAAGUAAUAAGAGGAACUUAGCAAGCGUUUGAACAAAACCUUUCCUACUUUUUUAUCCCUUUUGAAAACAGAAAAAAAAAAAACCUUUAGGAACUUAGAAUGUUGGCAGAUUUUCCAGGAAUUUAAAUAACAGACACAGA